AUGGCACCAGGCGCCUUCGACCCCAAGGGCAAGCUGGAGACGGCCAUCGCCGAGAGCGUCGUCAAUUUCCCCCGCCCUGCUGAAGUCGACAAGUUCACCUAUGGCACGGCGGGCUUCCGCACCAAGGGCGACUGGCUCGACCAUGUCAUGUUCGGCAUGGGCCUUCUCGCCGGCCUCCGCUCGCGAAAGCUCAAGGGCCAGACCAUCGGCGUCAUGAUCACCGCGUCGCACAACAAGGCCGAGGACAAUGGCGUCAAGCUGGUCGAUCCCAUGGGUGAGAUGCUGGAGCAAGAUUGGGAGUCGUGGGCCACGACCAUAGUCAAUGGCCAGAACCCGGAAGAGACAGUCAAGGCGUAUGGGGAGGUCAUUCAGAAAUACAACAUCGACCAGGACAAGCCCGCCAAUGUCAUCUACGCCCGCGACACUCGUCCAUCUGGGGCUCGCCUUGUCAAAGCUCUCGAGGCCGGCUUGAAGGCGACCAAUGUCACCUACAAGGACUUUGGUAUCCUGACCACCCCUCAGCUGCACUACCUUGUCCGUGCAACCAACACCCAAAACGACAAGAACCCGUAUGGCGAAGUCUCGGAGGCCGGAUACUACAAGAAAAUUGGUGCUGCCUUCAGAACCGCCAUGAAGAAUGUCAAGGCCACCAGCCCCGUCACGGUGGAUUGUGCUAACGGUGUUGGUGCGCCCAAGCUGAAGGAGAUGAUCAAGUACUUGCCAACCGAGGAGGAAUGCGGCCUCAAGAUCAACGUGGUCAACGACCGAGUCGAGCAGGCCGAGGUGCUCAACAAAGACUGCGGUGCCGACUAUGUCAAGACCCAGCAGAAGGUACCCCAGGGGUUCGAUGGCAAGGCUUACGACCGCUGGUGCUCCUUCGACGGUGACGCCGACCGCAUCGUGUACUACUUCAACGAGGAAGGUCCGGUCUUCAGACUGUUGGACGGCGACCGCAUUGCCACUCUGGCCGCCUCUUUCCUCGGAGAUCUUGUUGCAAAGUGCGAUUUCUCCGAGAACCUCAAGCUGGGUGUCGUUCAGACUGCCUACGCCAACGGCGCCAGCUCCAAAUACGUUACGGAGCGCCUUCAGCUCCAGUCGGAGUUCACCCCAACCGGCGUCAAGCACUUGCAUCAUGCCGCCGCCCGCUACGACAUUGGUGUUUACUUCGAAGCUAAUGGCCAUGGCACAGUCCUGUUCUCUAACAAAGCACUCAACACUAUUUGGAGUAAAGAGCCAGAAUCGCCUGCCCAGCUCGAGAACCUCGAAGUCCUCCGCGCCGCCACCGAACUAAUCAACCAAACUGUGGGGGAUGCGAUUUCUGACUUUCUUCUAGUGGAGGCCAUCUUGGCACACAAGGAGUACACCGUUCAGGAGUGGAUCACGACUUACACCGACAAGCCCAACAAGCUCGCCAAGCAAGUCGUCAAGCGUCGCGACGAGUACAAGACAGUCCCAGGCACUGCUGAGCAAAAGCUCGAGUCACCGAAAGGCCUCCAGGAGCAGAUCGACACCGAAGUCGCCAAGUAUAGGGAGGGUCGCUGCUUCGUUCGAGCUUCUGGUACUGAGGAUGCCGUACGAAUCUACGGCGAGGCGCUUUCAUCAUACGACGUCGAUCACAUGGUCCAGACUGUGGCCGAUCUCAUUAACAUGAGGAGCGGCAGCAGCGGCUAG